AUGGAAUUAUACGUAGAUUUCUACAUGGAGAUCCUCAAGAUGAAGAUCCUCAAGAUGAAGAUGCCAAGUGAUGAUGUGAUGUAUUGGUCUUAUUUCAAGAAGCUAGCAGCUCCAUUUGUGUAUUGCAGCACCCAACAUGUCCACCUUAGGUUGUUCUUAAUUGGAUUAGAACAUAAGUAUAGACAACAGUCAGAAGUUGACAAACUUGAGCUACUUCGUCAAGUGAAGUUAGUUCUUUAUAUUCAUAUGGUAUAUGAUGAAGAUGCUGCAGAAAGGUUUAGGAGAUUGGAAGGUCAAAGGGAAGAAGUGGAUUCAGACAAAUUAUGA